CACGCCCCAUGUGAACCCAAGAACUAGUAGUGCACAGUGGACUCGUCCGCUUCCCGUCAAGCAAAAAGAAAAAGGAAAAGGAAAAGGAAAAGAACCACCCAUCCAGCAGCAGUAGAGAGGCAGUAGCUGAGGAGGGAAGAGUGAUUGUGGUGGAGGCGGGGGAAGGGGAAGAAGGCGAGGGCAAGGCGCGUCUCAAGGCGCUGGGGACGCCGCGGCUGGGGCAUCUGCUGCUGUAUAGAGCUCCAUCGAUCCCCACUCACGCAGCAGGCUAGCUCAGGGUGUUCAGAUCCAUAUACAUACAAGAGGCCAUUAGCAGGAGGAAGCCCACUAGAUCUACUGCUAUCCAGCUCCGGUUGUGCAGUGUUGGGACACUCACCAAGUUUGUCGUUUGAGGCCGCUGGUUCCUUGUUCAGGUUUCAGAAGGCCCAAGCGCUGAUAUACAUGACUACAGCAAAGAAUAUACGGUUACAUAUCUUAGAAGAGAUUACCAAUGGAUUCUCAGUGGACUCAAGAAUAGGAAGGGGUGGGUAUGGAGACGUUUACAAGGGAGUUUACAAAGGGGAAGUGAUUGCUGUGAAGUUGCUUCAUGAUGAUCCGGAGCAAGUACUUGAUGACAGACAAUUUCACAGUGAAGUUGUUAACCUUUUGAGGGUUGAGCAUCCAAAUAUUGUGCGGUUGCGUGGUUAUUGUUAUGAAGCACAAUAUAAAUAUGUUGAACACGAGGGUAAGGACCGUCUGUGUAAACACAUGUACAAAGUUCUCUGCUUUGAGUACAUGCAGGGUGGAAGCCUAGACAAACAUCUUCAAGCACAAUCUUUUGCACCCAACUGGAGCACAUGUUACAAUAUUAUAAAGGGCAUUUGUGAAGGUUUAAAUUUCCUUCAUGGAUGCAAGCCACCAAUUUUUCAUCUUGAUCUGAAGCCUGCCAAUAUAUUACUAGACAGUUCCAUGGCGCCUAAAGUGGCAGAUUUUGGAUUGUCAAGACUCUUCGGUCGAUCAUGCACUCAUGUCACAGAAAAGAUUAUUGGAACCCAGAAGUACAUGCCACCAGAGUUCAUUAAAUAUGGCAUCAUCUCGCCUAAGAAUGAUGUAUUUAGUUUAGGUGUCAUUAUCAUAGAGAUAAUGACACAAUCUAUGUGCACUCAUUAUUCAGAAAUGGGCGACGUCAAACAAUUUAUCCACGAGGUACAUACCAAUUGGAAGAAUAUGAUAGAAGCCACAUCGGAGUACCCAUCAGCGGAAUUACAUCAAGUGCAGACGUGCAUCGACACGGCAAUGCAUUGUGUGGAUCCUGACAGAAACAGUCGACCCACUAUGGCAGAUGUCAUGGAUAUCCUGAACAAGACAGGAAUCCAUAUUCCCAAGAGACAGUUGACAGAUGUGCUCCCUUGUCCGACACUUAGUCCCAAUAAUACAAUGGCUAAAAGGUUGAAGACGGUGACAACUGAAGUGGACAAUAUCAAAAAUGAAAACCAAAAUUUCAAUUGCAUGCCAAAAGAUAUCUUCAACAUUAAUGGUCAGCAAGUUCUUGACAGGGAAACAUCAUCAGAUGUGGAACAGACAUUAAUCAUUGGAAGGACUGAAGAAAAACAGAAAAUAUUGUCUAUUUUAUCUGCGAGUAUCGCAGAAGAGAUGGUCAUCCUUCCAAUACAUGGCAUUGGAGGCAUUGGCAAGACAACCUUGGCACAAUUGGUAUUCAAUGACACACAGUUCCAUGAAUACUCUCGGGCAUGGGUAUAUGUUUCCCAGAAAUUAGACUUGAAAAAAAUUGGCAACUCACUAAUAUCACAGUUAUCAAAGGAUACCAGCCAUGUAGCUGAUAUGCAGAUCAUACAUAGUCGUCUUGUAGAGCUACUUGCUGGUAAGAGGAUCCUCAUUGUUUUAGAUGACUUGUGGGAGGAGGAUCCAUAUAAGUUAGAUAAAUUGAAGGCUAUGUUAAGGCUUGGCCGGGGACGCAAGGUGAUUGUAGUAACCACACGCGAUGAAGCCAUUGCAAGUAAAAUUUGUAGUACUGUUAUGCCAUACAAGCUAGAGUCUUUGACAGAUGAUAUGUGCUGGACUAUAAUCAAACAAAAAAGUGACUUCAAAAGUCGAGUAGACAAAAAACAAUUGAAGCAGAUCGGAAAGGACAUUGCAGAAAAAUGUGGAGGCAUGGCUUUAGCAGCUCAGUCACUUGGGUACAUGUUGAGUGACAUGACGUCUGACCAAUGGGAGUCAGUGAGGGACAGUUAUAUCUGGAAUUUGUCUAAUUCGGAACAUCCAUCAUUAAGAAAUCAUGAAGUCCUUGCGUCCUUGCAUUUAAGCUAUAGCCAUAUGCACGAACGCUUGCAGUCCUGCUUUUUGUAUUGUGCAGUCUUUUCAAAAGGCCGCAAUAUAGUGAAGUCUGAUCUAAUUCACCAAUGGAUAGCUCUUGGAUUCAUUGGACCAUCUAGGAUACUUGAUUCUAUGCAGCUUUGCGAGAAAUAUGUUACACAACUUUUGGGGAUGUCCUUCCUUGAAAAUUCAAUGGCAUUUUCGAGUGAUGGAUUUUUUUUCGAAAAGAGUGAUAGAUGGCGGGACAGAACUGAGACAUUGUUCGUGAUGCAUGACCUAGUGCAUGAUCUUGCAAGAGCGCUGUUGGCUGAUAAAGUUAAUGAAAAGGGCAAUGCUGUGGGAAGCAAUUGCCAAUAUGCAUUACUCACAGAUUGUAGCAAGCCAUUGCAAUUGUCCAUGACUUCUCCUGAAAAUAUAAAGACGUUGCUUUUUCUGGACUGUGGCAAAAUAGAGCUUCACGGCUGUGCAUUUUCAUCAGCCAAGUGCCUCCUUGUCUUAGAUUUAAGUGAAUGCUUUAUUCAAAAGUUACCAGAUUGUAUUGGUCAAUUGAAGCAGUUGAGAUUUCUUAAUGCUCCACGAAUCCAACAUCAAAUGAUUCCCAAUUGUAUGACCGAGCUCUCAGAGUUAAAUUACCUCAACCUUAGUGGCUCUCAUAAUAUCCCAGCAUUGCCAGAGUCAAUUGGUGAUAUGAAAGCUCUGAUGCAUCUUGACUUAUCUGGUUGUGUUAAAAUUCAUGAACUCCCAGUAUCAUUCGCGGAGCUCAAGCAGCUGGUCCAUCUGGAUUUAUCACACUGCAGUAUUUCUGAAGCAGAAGCUUUGGGUGGUCUUACCAAACUUCAAUAUCUGAAUUUAUCAGGUAACAAGGGACAUAUCAGAAGGCUGUCAAAGGUCACUAGCAAUCUAAUUAAACUCAGGUAUUUAAAUAUAUCGGGGUGCAAGAACACCAUGGUUCCGGAAUCAGAAAACGAGAUUGCCAGGCUUGACUGUGUCUGUACUCUUUUUAAUCUAGAACAUCUAGACUUGUCUAAGAAUGAAUCCUAUUUUUGUAUACCAGAAAGUAUUGGUAACCUCAUGAAGCUUCAUACAUUGGACCUCUUAGGCUGCUCCAGAUUGAAGCUUCCUGCUGAUCUUGUGGUGCAUGCUUCAAGUGAUAAAUUUAGCAGCAAUAUCAGCCUGCUUUGUCUUCAAGUGCUGACGAUAUAUAGACUCGAAAAUGUGAAGUCUGCAGAAGAGGCACGAUGUAUAAAACUGAUGCAGAUACAAAAAAUUAUAGAGCUAAGAUUUGAAUGGACUGUCGUGCCUGGGAGGUCUGUGGAUGACAAGGAGGUAUUGGAAAAACUACUGCCACCAAGCAGUGUGCAGAGAUUGUAUAUAAGUGGUUAUAGCAGUUUCAGCAUUCCUGAUUGGCUUAUGUGUAUCAGGCAGCAUCUCCCUAAUCUUUCUCAGUUAUAUCUUUCUGAUUUUCCUAAUUGCAAUAACCUACCAUCACUUGGUCAGCUAUCAUACCUACGAGAGCUGGGUUUCUGCCGCAUGGAGAGUUUGGAAGAGUGGAACACGGCAUAUACCAGGGGCAAGCCUGUGCUUGACGCGUUGACCAUAGAUCAAUGUGCCAAGUUGAUGAUAAAACCAUGUGCACCAAGAGCUACGGUUUUGCGGAUAAUAGAUUCUGAUAAUGUGCUAUCAUCAUGGGAAGAGAGCUCGUCACACCGUGGUGCUUCCUCUUCUCCAAUAACAAAAUUGUUUGUCAAAAACAGCAAGGUGCCCUUGCAUCAGUGGAGGUUACUUCACCAACUCCCUGCCCUCCGUAGUUUAACUAUCACCGGUUGCAGUGAUCUGACCACCUCACCUAAGAUCAUCCAACAGCUAUCCUCCCUGGUAUCAUUGUCCUUCGACCAGGCGGAAUUGCCGAGAUGGUUAGCUGAACUGACAUCUCUUCAGGACCUAAGGCUGUCUGAGUGCAGAGGCAUGACAUCACUACCGCAGUGGUUAGGAAAACUUACCUUUCUCAAGAAAUUGCAGGUCACAUGCUGUAAGGGGAUCGGGUCUUUGCCGGACAGCAUACAACAACUGACUAAGCUUGAACACUUAAUCAUCCGUGACUGCCCUACACUAGUGAAAUGGUGUGAAUCAGAGGAGAACAAGAUGAAGCUUGUUCACAUCAGAGGGAUCGUCCCAAGAUCAUUAAUGACACAGGAAGAGGACACACCAAAGAUCAUUGGAGCAGCUCCCAUUCAUGGUACUAUUGUGAUGGAUGAGGUGGAUCCAGAUGUGCUGUAUAGUGCUGUGAUGAACAUGCCUGGCUUUGCUGAGGAAUCUUUAUUAGUUGCCCUGUCUCAGUUGAUGGACAACACUGCCCAGGGCUCCGCAUAUAUGGCCAUGAGCGAGGAGGACCGGGUAUCAUGGCUCAUUAACUUCCUGAAAAAGUACUAGUAAGUUUUAACUUUUGUUGGCUGGCGGUAAUUAGUUUAUAAGAUGAUGUGACUGGAAGCAAACUAUAUUUUUUUGCUGUUAUAAGUAAAGACAGAUGAGAUUUACAGAC